AAAAUUUUUUAUCUUUAAUCUGUGAAAUACAUAAUUUUUCAUGUAAUUGACACUGUUCAUUUGGCAUCUUUUAUACACCGUUUCUCGAGCGGACCGUCUUCCAUCACGGCAUGCCCACAGGCACUCCAAAAUCGAUAUGUAAAUCGGUCUUACACGGAUGAAAUGCCUGUAGAGCGUGUUCGUGGUCUCCCUUCCCUUAAGACUCAAGCGGCGAGGAAGGAUACACAAUAAGACGCGUAGUCGGUGAAUAAAAAGGUUGCGCUUUCUACUCACGAGCAAAUGAGUUACCGACGUAGCAGUGCUCGUAUACGGACAUUUGUGUACGCGGGUAUAACGUAUGAUUUCUCGAUUCUAUAAAACGAUCGUGAUUUAAUGGAAAUGCGUGAUAUUUGUUCAAUUUGUGAUAUCACAGGAACGGAACGCUCGAGUGGCGUGCUCUCAUGUUUACAUGUUGCGCGCACGUCAAAUCGAUACGUUGUGUGCAUGUGCGACUGGAUUCAGUGAGUGGAUUACGAAAUCUGUGGACAGCGGAAGGGCUCGCACGUGGCUUGUAAUUGUUCAUCGCGUUGUGUGAACAUUCUUCUUGUUUGGCAUUUAGGUACACAGUGGGCCUAUAGCAACGGACUUGGAAGAUAUCGAAUAAUAAGACAGCAAAUACGUAGUAAAGUUCAAACGAAGAGGCGUUAAUAAAAUUGUCACUGGGGGUACGAGUUGGAGGUGGACAAUUUGCAACGAUUCAGAAGCUUCUAUGGGAUAUAAUAUCGCGAAUUGGGAAAUGAUACGUACGAGGGAGGAAUUGGUGGAAAAAUUGGGCCUAGACGGCGCAGAUGACACUCAUACUUUGUUGAACAAUAUGGUAGACGUCAGAGCUUGCUAUAAGCCAAGUGGAAAAUUGUGGUUUCGUGGCGUUCGGAGCAGCAAAUUUCGUCACGUUUAUGGUGCACCAGCCAAACGGGAGAAAUGCUACGACAAUAUCAAGAUCACAAAGAACGCCCACGACUCACAGUUCUGCGCCGUGAAUCCCAAGUUUCUCGCCAUCGUGACUGAAGUGGCAGGCGGCGGGGCGUUCCUGGUUUUGCCGCUCGAUCGCACGGGUAGGUUGGAUUUUAACGCUAGCAGAGUGACUGGACACACUGGACCGGUUCUGGACAUCAAGUGGAAUCCGUUCAACGAUAAUAUCAUUGCUUCCUGUUCCGACGACUGCACUAUAAAAUUGUGGCACAUUCCUGAUGGUGGAUUGUCACGAAAUUUGACCGAGUGGUUGGUGGAGUUGCAAGGGCACAAACGUCGCGUUGCGUACAUAGAAUGGAACCCUGUUGCCGAGAACAUACUAUUCAGUGCUGGCUUUGAUCAUCUUGUUAUAGUAUGGGAUAUAAAUAGAGGAGAGGCCGUUAAUGUGAUCGAUAGACACCCUGAUGUGAUCUAUAGUAUAUCAUUGAAUCGUCACGGAAAUCUGUUGGCAACGACAUGCAAGGAUAAGAAAUUGAGGGUUUUCGAUGCAAGAUCUGGUAUCACGGUCUCUGAAGGAGUCUGCCAUGCUGGAACAAAAGCUAGUAAAGUGGUUUUUCUUGGUAGCUCUGGACGUCUUCUUACGACAGGUUUCAGUCGAUAUUCUGACAGACAGUAUGCUAUUUGGAGUCAGCAUGAUUUGAGUACACCAUUAAUAUGUGAAACUAUUGAUUCCUCUAGUGGAGUAGUUUUUCCAUAUUAUGAUAAUGACACUAAUAUGGUGUACUUGGCGGGAAAGGGUGAUGGUAAUAUUCGGUAUUACGAGGUUGUAAAUGAGAGUCCUUGGAUGCAUUACCUUAGUCAAUUCAUAUCUGGAAAUCCUCAAAGAGGAUUAGGUGUAAUGCCAAAAAGAGGUAUCAACACAGCUAUUUGUGAAGUGUUUAGAUUUUAUAAAUUGCAUGCAACUCGUGGGAUGUGUGAGCCGAUAGCCAUGAUAGUUCCUCGAAAGAGCGAUCAAUUCCAAGAGGACUUGUAUCCCGACACUAUAGGCACUUGUCCGGCUUUAUCGGCUAAGGACUGGAUAAAUGGCAUGAAUAGCCCACCAAUUUUAAUUUCUUUGAAGACUGGUGGCAGCAUUACCACGCACAAACCACGAGUGUACAAGCCACCACAAAUUCCACCGACAACCGAUUUGAAUAAUAAAAAGAAAUUUGCUUUUUUGUCUGCCGAGACUGUUCCAGAUUACAGGCCCAUUGAGUUUCACGAUAUGUCAGAAAAAAGUCAAAAAACGUCUAGUAAUCAGAGCACCAAGUUUCAACAAUUGCAACAAAAAUUCGGCAAUGUUGUGUUACAGAAAAAUAUAAUUUCUACUCCACUAAAUGAUAAUAAGGUCCUAGAAAAUGUAGAUAUUCCUAAUAAUGAGGCGGAACUGAGAUUGGCAUUCGCUCGCCAGACUGAUGAAUUAAGAUUGGUACGAAGGCAGCUCGCGAACAGUCAGUUGCGUGUGAAAGAACUAGAGGAACAAGUUCGCAAACUUCAGCAUUAAUAAAAAUUUUUAAGGGGUCCUUAACAUAUGCGCCAAACAAAAUUCCUUGUAGCUUUGUUGCUAGUUGUAUGAAAAACAUGGUACUUAACGAACCAAUAAUGCAUUUGUGUAUUGUUCAUGGCAACUUAAAUGCCUAAGCUUUUGACAAAGUCUGCACAAAAAAAAAAGAAAAAAAAAAGAAAAAAAAAUGUGUAAAAGAGUAUUUAAAAGUGUUCGAGGAACUUUAUGGACUGGAAACUUAUGCUGGUUAUAUACUGAUAAUAUAUUAACACAGUUAUACAACUCUCAUUAGUGUAUUUUAUGAACGAUAUACGAUUAAUUUUUAUAGCAUUUCUCAUUUCUCUAUAUGUUAAUUUCUCAUUUUACAAUUUCGCGUGGUAAUCUUGUACCGUUGUUGAAAGAAAACGCAGCAAUGAAGCAACAAUAAUUUAGUCAAUUUCUUUAGGAUGCAGUUCAAAAACUUGUUCUGCUGUAGAGAAACUGAACAAAAAGACGAACAAUGAUUGUGAUUUACACUAUUGCCUUCACUAUACAGACGAGUUUUUGUCUAUAUAAAAUGUUGAUACUUCUCCUAGAUAUGAUGUUUCAUUAUGCAAUUUUCACAUGUUUCACAAAUGAUGUUCUUUUUUUGUCAUGUGAAGUUGAACACGUUCCUUUGCACACCAAAAUGUAGAUGUAUAAAUAUUACUGAUUGUUCGAACUUUUCCUUCUUUUUAGGAAUUGAUUUUUAUAUAAAUUAUAUAUGUAACCAUAGUGAAGGAGAAAGAUCAGCUUGGUAUAAAGAUACAAAACUUGGACGAAGUAUUAAAUGUUCAGUACAUGAAGAAUUGUACCUGCCUUGUGCAUACGCACGUAUGCGAUUCGUUCUAUAUAGAAUUGUCGUACAUAGAGUGAUAGAUAAAUGCAGAGAUAUUUAGGAGUUGUAAAGAGAAUAUUAUGAACGCAAUAAAAUAAACAUCAUUCGGAGAUUUGAAAAUAACACAAGAUGCAAGGACUAAUAAUAAUAAUUAAUAAUUAAA